UAUCAUCGGACUUGAUUCGCGAUAAGCUACGCCAUGCCGCUAGUAAUCUUAUCAAUGAGUGAUAACAGUUAUAAGUGUCAGUGAGUUAUGUGCUCUUCGCAUCGUUGGUACUUGUGCCACGACAGGUAACAGCUCCUGUGAUCAGUUGGCACGUCUUACAAUACUGUUUGCUUUAGUGAGUGACCAUGACUCCGAAACAUCUAUGCCUAUUGUUACUGGCUCUUGUUGGAGUUUGCUUUGUCACAGCUCAAAGUGAAGAUGAGCUACAAAUUCCGGUAGAAAAUGACAACCAGUUCCCACCCGACAACCAUUCUGACGUUAUAGAAGGUAGCGGAGAUGGGGUCAUUGAAGAACCAGACGAGUCUGUCGGACAAACCACUGAAGCUGUCCCACCGCCCAUAGAACACAUUGAACCAAAAACAUUCCUAGACGAAUUAGGAGCUGCAGCACCAUCCGAAGGAGAAGAUCUUUGUCCGCAGCCGUGCGUGUGUCACGUUGAGGGAUCUUCCACAGAUUUUAUCGUCGAUUGUUCUGGUUAUGAAUUAACCGAAUUUCCGACCCCAAUCAGCGAGAAAACUACCAUACUCAAUGUGCAAAAGAACAAAUUAACAGAAAUACCUAAGUCAAUAUCAACGUUGAAAAACUUAAAGGUUUUAAAUGCUAACGACAAUAGCAUUAUGAGUGUGGAUUCAGGUUCUGUCAGCGAGCUUCCGGCCUUAGUCACACUGAAACUAGGAAACAACAGACUGAUUGACUACCCUAGUGACCUGAAGAACAGCUUUGGAUUAAUCAAACUGGAGGAACUUGAUUUAGGAGGCAAUGACAUGAGAACGCCAUUAACAUCGGACCAAUUUUCUAAGUUUGAAUCACUACGAAAACUAAUACUACCAAUAUCUACUCCGGAGCUACCCCAAGAUUUAUGUGAUGCAUUACCGAAAACUUUGGAAACAGUAUGCACUGGAACAUGUGACUCUGAGGUGUUUGAAUGCCGCGACGAGGAAAACGAUAUGACGGAUGAUGAGCUGCCUGUACUGCCAGGUGCUUUAUUGCUGCCUACUGAAAGCGAAGAAAAUGCUGAUCCAGUUGUAAACACUCCUGAAGUAAAUACUGAAACAAAUGAUAACACUAACAGUAAAACAAAUGUUUCCCCGGCAGACACCGAAGGUAAAACUGUUGCACCUGUAGAAUUUUCUUUCCGAUCUGCAAUUAACAAACAACCUAGUGAUGAGAUAGCACCAUUCAAUUCUAUUGUCGAGGCACCUAAAGAUAUUUCGAGCUCUACUGAAGAACCAGUAAAAUAUGGUGCUACAACCAUAGCUACAAAGACUGGAGGCGUAGACAAAAGUAUUAUUGGUUUAGUGGUCGCUGGGAUGGUGGUAAUAGUGGCUGGAAUAACAAUUAAAAAGAAUUGGAGCUCUAUUAAAAAACGUUUUAGCUCUAACAACCCAACACCCAACGAACGCAAUGGAAUUAAUGCAAAUGGUACACCUGAAGAAGUACCCCUACAGGAUAAAUCACCUGUUUAAAUAAUCAAGGUAUAAUAAAGUUAUUUAUACAAUAUUAAUGUGCCAAUGACUCGAUGAGGAGUAGUUUUGAUCUGAGAGAUAUAGUUUUUUCCACAAAAGUAUAUUUUCUGAAGGAUGUUCAUGAAUGUUAACUGCAUAUUACAUAAACCUUGGGCACAUAAUUUGUUAAAGUUAAGUUAUAACAAGAAGAAAAUGUUUCGAUAAAAUAAAUUAGACAAUAGGCUAAUGGAAGGUUUUACAAAAACAUUUAUACAUUU